GUUUUUUUUUUUCUUUUUUUUCCUAGUCACUGCAUUUUUUUCAGUGUUGAGUUGCUGUAGUAAGAUUGUUCUAUAACUGAAUCUGCAUUUUUGAUAUGGCGGCAACAACUUCGACCCCGGGCGGCCAAAGAAUAGGCACCCGCGCCACAGCCGCUAGUCCUCUGAGCCCUACACGAAUAUCCAGGCUGCAAGAGAAGGAAGAAUUAAGAAACCUGAACGAUCGCUUGGCCGUUUACAUUGACAAGGUCCGAAGUCUUGAGUCCGAGAACAGCGUCCUUCAACUGCAGAUCACCGAGCGAGAAGAAACAAGAAGCCAGGAGCUGACUAGAUUGAAAUCACUGUACGAGACUGAGCUCGCAGACGCAAGGAGAUCCUUGGAUGACAUCGCUAAAGAGCGCGCCAAGCUUCAGAUUGAAUUGGGAAAGAUAAACAGUGAGCGUGAUCAGCUGUUGCAGAACUAUGCAAAGAAAGAUGCGGACCUGGCUGCAUCCCGGGCCCGGCUGAAGGACGUGGAGACCACCCUGAACUCCAAAGAGGCGCUGCUGGCGACGGCACUGUCUGAAAAGAGUGCCCUGGAGGGUAGCCUGUCUGACCUGCAGGCACGGGUCCUGGAGCUGGAUGCUGACGUGGCCUCGGCGAAGAAGCAGCUCGGAGAAGAGACGCUCACGCGGGUCGACCUGGAGAACCGCUGCCAGAGCCUCAAGGAGGAGCUGGAGUUCCGCAAGAACAUGUUUGAGGAGGAGCUGAAGGAGACGAGGAGCCGUCACGAGACCCGCCUGGUGGAGGUGGACUCGGGCCGGCAGAUCGAGUAUGAGUUCAAGCUGGCCCAGGCGCUGGCCGAGAUGCGUCAGCAGCACGACGAGCAGGUCAAGAUCUACAAGGAGGAGAUGGAGCAGACCUACGGGGCCAAGCUGGAGAAUACGCGCCUGGCCUCUGAGAUGAGCGCCUCGUCAGCCAGCAUGGCCCGGGAGGAGCUCAGAGAGGCGCUGCUGCGGGUGGAGAGUCUCGCUUCGCAGCUCACCAACCUGCAGAAAGAGAGCAGGGCGUGGCAGGACCGGGUCAGCGAGCUGGAGGCGGCGCUGGCCCAGGAGCAGGACGCCAGCCGGCGGGCCCUGCAGGAGAAGGAGCGGGAGAUCGCCGAGAUCCGGUCCAAGAUGCAGCAGCAGCUGGACGAGUACGAGCAGCUGCUGGAUGUGAAGUUGGCGCUGGACAUGGAGAUCAACGCCUACAGGAAACUGCUGGAGGGAGAGGAGGAGAGACUGAAGCUGUCCCCCAGCCCGUCCUCGCGCGUCACCGUCACCCGGGCGUCCUCCAGCCGCAGCGUGCGCACGGCGCGCGGGAAGAGGAAGCGGCUGGACGUGGAGGAGUCGGAGGCCAGCAGCAGCGUCAGCAUCGCCCACUCGGCCUCCUCCACCGGCAACGUCUGCGUCGACGAGCUGGACGUGGACGGGAAGUUCAUCCGCUUGCACAACACCUCCGAACAGGACCAGCCCAUGGGGGGCUUUGAGAUGACCAGGAUCAUCGGAGAUGUCUCUGCUACCUACAGGUUCACUCCCAAAUACGUCCUAAAGGCAGGACAGAAGGUCACGAUCUGGGCCUCCAACGCGGGCGCCAGCUCCAGCCCCCCCACCGACCUCAUCUGGAGGAACCAAAGCUCCUGGGGCACCAGCCAGGACAUCAAAGUGGUGCUGAGGAACCCGCAGGGCGAGGAGGUGGCAGAGAGGACCACGGUGUUCAAGACGGCCUCCGCGGAAGAGGAGGGCGAGGAGGUGGAGGAGGAAGAGGUGGAAGAGGCAGAAGCACAGGUUGUCGAGGGUGAAGCGCGCGGCACUAGGAGAGGCUGUGUCAUCAUGUAAAUGCACUGGCAGUUCCCUCCUUCUUACUCCGACCGUGCUCGGCUGCCAACACCACCACCAGAGAACUAUUUUUAUAUCUCUCUUAUUGUAAACCAUGUGAUUUGAUUUUUUUUUUUCUUUAUACCGUUUGAAAUGCAGAAGAUUGUGAACCCUGUCAGUGCUUUUUAUGUUAAUUGCAACUUGUAGACAUCAUGACCCAUUUUAUAUGAAGAUAAUUUUGACUACCUUUGAAGACUAUUUUUGUAGGGUAGAUGAAGGGAAACUAAUGGGUCUGUGAAAACAGGGUGGCUUGUGACAAUUUUUUUUAACAGCAUCUGUAUACUCAUUAUUUUACAAUGGCAUUUUAUUGGCACUUCCCUCCAGAAACCAGUAUUUUUAGUUUUUUGUAUUAUUUAGUAUGAUAGACAGACAGGACGGUGCAUGCAUUUGAAUGUACCCUCCUGUAAAACCAAAAAUGUUUAAAAUAGGUUUUAUUACAUUUUUUGACAAAGCAUCAGAAUGUGUAUUCAGGUAUCACUGUAUUUAUAAAUUAUGAUAC